CAAAAUAUUACGGAUCGGCGUAGGAACAACCGAACAAGGCUUUUAAUAAGGAAAGGAUAAGAGAAAAGAAAUGCAGCGACAUAGUCGUCGUCAUCGUCAACUCUAAGAUGAAACCAGCUGCUACUGCUGCCAUGACGGGAGGAGGCGCCGCCGCCGCCGUCUCCUGCUCGCAGAUUUUCCAUGUCAGCAGCAGCAAUCGAAUCUCCCAUUUUCUCUCCACAAAUCAAACUCAAUCCUUAUCACCCACACUAAGGUCUGGAUCGGCGGUUUCCGUUUAUCAAGCUUCGAUUUCGGCCAAGCCCCUGAACCGGAUCCGGCUCAAGGUCUUCUGCGGCGCUGCUGAUUCCACUCAGACACACUCGUCCCAAACGUCCGUCAUCGUCGAUGAUGAGUUCUCCCUUUCCAAGGUUUCAUUUGGUGUCAUUGGACUUGGUUUGGGGACUUCACUUCUUUCGUAUGGUUUUGGAGCAUAUUUUACUAUCCUUCCUGGAGCAGAGUGGUCUGCGUUGAUGCUUACAUAUGGCUUUCCUCUUGUUAUUAUUGGCAUGGCCCUUAAGUAUUCAGAGCUUAAACCAGCACCAUGUGUGACCUACUCAGAUGCUCAAGUGCUAAGAGAAAAGUGUGCCACUCCAAUUCUAAAACAGGUUAGGAGUGAUGUGACAAGAUAUCGUUAUGGAGACGAGCAGCAUUUAGAUGAGGCAUUGAAACGGAUCUUCCAAUAUGGGCAGGGUGGAGGAAUUUCACGGAGGAGUGCUCCCAUUUUGCAAAUGAUUCGUGAAGAGGUUACUGAGGAUGGAAAGUACUGUCUAGUUUUGGUGUUCGAGGCCAAAGCUUUGCAGUUAUCAGAUUUUGAAAAACGACAGGAAAAGUUUGCUUCCUUCUUUGGUCCCGGCAUUUCAGCUGAAAUUGUUAAGGGAGGCAAAAACUUGUACGAUGUCCGAUUAAUUUCCAACACCACAUUGUGAGGUCUGCAUACUUCUCUGCACUAGUUGAAAUGCUUUUGAGGCUGUGUUAUGUAUGGAAUUUUACCCCCUUUUUUUUUAAAGUGUGGCCAUGUUGCCCAUGUAUAUGAAAAUUCAUAUUUGGAAACACACAUCCUUUGUGUAAAUAAUUUGUACCAUUAAUUCUAACAUGCAUCAUGAUAAGUUUGAUAACCAUGGAAAGUUUUAAUUAAAUAGAGUAAAUUAGUACAUUGGGAGGCUGUGUACUUCCCUGGCUCAAAAUACACCAAUGCUCAUUACAAUUAUAAGAAAUAAAAAUCCCCAAAUGAAAAAUUCUCAGUCACUUUGGGUUGAUGCAGCUCUCUCUGAAUUUCCAAAUGCAAGUAUAAAUAAGACUUGGACUCCAAACAACCAUGCCUAAUAGCCUGCACAUCCUGCUCAAUCUCACGAAAGAAGUCCUGAAGCCAACACCUCCAAAAGAAUAAAGUUAUCAGGAUUCAGAAUUUGCCUUAUAUUACCUCUGCCAAUCUCUACCUUACAUGUUGAAGUUCAUAAUCAAAUGAGCAAGUUACUGAUAUGUAAUAUGGGUGAUGUUAUCUGCAAAUCAAUAAAAGAGUGAGCAUCUCACAUACAAGGACGUAACCUAAGACAAGAAGAAAAUACAAUAACAUCAAACGUUUCCCUAUUACACAACAUAGGAUGGAUUAAAACAAAAGAACCAGGCAGAAUCCAAUAAAUUUAGUACUUUAGUCUUCCUGAAACCUUUUAUAGGAACUUUUCCCAUUAAUACUGAUUAAAUAUCUCCAAAUAGAACAUUAACGAGUUACAUGAUACUAAACAAACUAUCUUAGAUGGAAUGAUCGAUACCCAAUAUGUUUUCCGUCUAAGAAAUACUCAUCUUUUUUAGCCAGAUUAAUCUUCUCACCGCACUUCUUCCAGAUCAACCUGACAAUAUGAAACUUUCUAAAACUUAUUGUUAUCACUACAUAUGAUUAAAUUUUACUAUUUAAAUUAUUCAUAGAUCUGUAAAAAUACAUUUGCAUUCCGGUGGAAAAGUUUAAGGCGAUUUUGAGUACGAUAUGUCAUAUACGUAUUAUAUAUUACUCGCCUGAAAAAAGAUGAGGUGUUAGCUUUUACCAAGAUAAUCUGUAAUUUUGUACAGAGUAUUCUACAUUUCUACUGCAUGCUUAGUGACCAAUUUGAAAAAUAUCAUUAAUGGAAAAAAUGGCACAGAGAUAGCCAAGACUGAGAGUUCUGGGUGGUGUCUGUGGUUCUUACUUGUGUUUUAUUACUUCUAAAACAUGAGUGAUCAGGGUACCUAUUAAUGAUCAGUGAGCUACUUGUUAAAAAAUCUCAUCAUCUCUAAUUGCACCUGUCUCACAAGAAGAAAGAAAAUCAUUAGGAAUUUGGGAUUUACUGAAACAUGAGUGAUCACAUAUGAUAAGAAUUAAAGAAUUAAUCUUCCAAACUUAAAAAUUGAAUCUUCAAGAGUAAACAAUCUCUCCUUAAGGAGUUUACUCCAAAUUUAACUGAAAAAUAACAUGAAAGGUUCAUUUCAAUCACUCUAAACUGAAGACAUAAAUCCAA